CGCUACCUGCUCUGGUCCUACUUCGCUGCGCUUGGAGAUACCUGAGAAUCAGUUUUGCCAGAGGAAGCUCACGCUUCGCGUGCUUGUGGGUACUGUCUACUGUAUUCCUGUCGACAACGGGGUUGAAGGUGAACCCGAAGUGGAGUGUGGGCCCACAGCCAUAACUGUCAACUUCAACACCAGAAACCCAUUCGAAGGACACGUCUACGUCAAGGGUCUUUAUGAUCAGAAAGAGUGCCGAAACGAUGAAGGAGGUCGACAGGUGGCUGGAAUCGAGUUGCCGUUCGAUUCUUGCAAUACUGCCAGAACCAGAUCCCUCAAUCCUCGUGGAGUCUUCGUCUCGACUACCGUUGUCAUCUCUUUCCAUCCACAAUUCGUGACAAAGGUCGAUCGAGCAUACAGAAAUCCAAUGCUUCUACAUGGAGUCUG